GCGGCGACUGUCGGAUGUCUUUGAACACCUCCAGGCGAUCGACCGCUAUUUGCAGCCGCCUGGUGUCGUGGGAACGACGAGGCCCCAGCUGCGCCGCCGAAGCGUCCCUCUUUUCAGGACUGGACUACGUCCGCUUCGAUGGGCGCUUUGCCACUGUGGAAGAAGGCCUGGAUGACGUGGGAGUGACCAUGGCGCCAGGCCAAUGGCCAUCCCCCAGUCCCAGUGCUGAACCGACGGCCACCCUGCAGAAGCUCCUCAGUCCACCACAAGAAGAGCGUGUGCUGCGCAAGAUCAGCGAUGCAGGCCACAGCGGGCACACGGUGACACCGAAGACGACGCCGUCGGCCACCGGCGUGUCGGCAGGCCAGCGCUCGGAGGCGAGCACCGAUCACGAGGACACCGACGACACCGCGACGCGAGGACCUCCGCGUCCUCCGGUCGAGGAAGGUGCCGCCGAGAUCUCCGAAACCACAGGCUUCAAGCAUGAGAGCUGGCAGAGAGAUGCAGAACCAGUAGAGCAAGAAGGUGGAAGACCAGAAACAUGGCAAAGACCUUCUGAACCUUCGCCAGUGGAAGAAGGCAGCUGGCCAUGA